GUUUUUCGUGACAAAAAAAUAAUUUCAAGACACACAUGCCAUGUCGUUGCGGUCCAUAUGUGUUCUCCUCAAACUCCCUUUGGACCUUCUCAUUGUUGUUCUAAGAUUCUAUAUAUUUGGGGGUCUCCGAUUCAGGAAAUACAGCCGUCAGCUAAUUAACUGUCUUCGCUUGCGGGUCUACAGGGCGGCAUUGACGGUAGACAUACCGGAUGGCAAACUCAUCGGCCCCCACACCAAUUCCUUUUUGAUCCGAAAAGUCAUCCCUUUCAUUCUGUCUACUUUGGUCAAAAAUUGUUCCGCAUACGGUGAGAGGUUCGAUGCUCAAUCUUUCUGGCUUGUUAAGCAAAAAAACAGAAAGCCUUCAGACCCAGUGAUCAUUUUUUGUCAUGGCGGUGGCUACUAUAUCCAGACCGUGCCUUCGCAGAUCCAGUCUGUUAUUUCAGUAUACCAGCUUUUGGAUCCAGAGGUUCAGAGACGAACCUCCAUCUUGUUUCUCGACUACAAACUUGUCUCAGAUGGCUAUCCGUUCCCCACGCAGCUACAUCAGCUUGACGAUACAUACAACAAGUUGAUUCAAGAGGGAAAUCACAAUAUUACUCUAAUGGGUGACUCUGCCGGCGGCCAUCUUGCCAUAGCAUAUACCAUCUUCUUACGAUCUUUAGAAAAGCUGGUUGUUUACCCUUCUAAACUCGUGCUCAUUAGUCCAUGGGUCAAACUAAGUCCCCUUCCUUCUGACGCGCAAGAGGGGACUUCGUGGCAUGAUAAUGAGGACCGAGACUUGAUUACAUAUCAUCGCUUUUCCACUGUAUCGGACUUGAAGCACAUGAUAGGGUUUGAAGAUCCUUUUUCUUUGUUAUAUUCGCCAGGUGGUAAGACUCCAAGAACCCGAGACGAUUGGUCUUCCAUUCCAAACUAUUCAGACCCAAACCAUGAUGUGUUCUUGAUCCUAGGCGAAGACGAGAGUUUUAGGGAUGACAUCGUGCAGUGGGCAUCAUAUGCUUUGAACUAUCCACAGGGCGAAGAAUACGGCGCGUUCUCAAGGUACAAAGAUGAAGCUAAGUUUACCUUCACUCGUCACGGCCAACCUGGGAAUGCCAACUUGACUGCUUAUGUGGAACCGAUGGGCGUUCAUGACGCAAUGUUGUACUUUGAGCACGAUAUCGCGAAAAAGAUCGAGAAGGUGUUGCGCAUGAAGAAGAAGCCCAACGUUAAAGACUUCGAUCUGAAUCAGUUCUUUGGCGUCACAAGAUUAACCAAAUUCUUGAAUGAGACGCUUUGA